AUGGCACCGCGGCGCCCGUCGUCCGCUAGACGCACGGGCGAAAUCCUAGCCCCGACCGACACCACCGGCGGGGCAGCACCGGUCUAUGAGGCCGACGACCGCACCUACGAGCAUCGGAUCGGCGGCCGCGCGGGCGAGGUGAUUAGUGGGACGCAGACGCAGGCGGUCGGCGCGCGCGAUCUGCGGCCCGGAUCGGCGCCGGGCGACGUGAACUCGAAUCACAGACUGCGCGGGCUCGGGCGGCACGACGAGUUCUUCGGCACGGGAGCGCGACCCGAGGGCCAUUAUCGGGAAGAGCACGCGCCGACGUCCUUUACUCCCCGCGUCGGCCGCUCCGGCGAGGUCCUGAACCCGACGCGCGGCUUUGCUGAGGACGCGACGCCGCGGACGCGGGCGGCCGUCGAAGCCAGACUAGAGGAGGAGGACGCCGAGGAGGAGGACCGCGGCUGGAGUUUGGAUGAUGCCCUCGCCGCCACCGACGUCGUCGUCGAUUGGGCCGCGAACCUCUGGAGCCGCGUGACGGGCGCCGCCGCGGCCGAAGACGAAGGCGGAGACGACGACGACGGCUGGGACGCCCACGAGGCCAAGCUCGAGGCGGCGCGUCGCGCCGCUGCCCAGAAACGCGAGGCCGAGGUGGAGGUCGAGCGGCAGCGCGAGGCCCUCGAGUCCGCAACGAACGCCGCGGCGAAGGCGGCCGCGGAGCUGCGCCAGACGCGCUACGACGUGUCCUCGCUGUUUGGCUCCGAUUCGGACUCGGACAUGGUCCUCAGCGGUGCGUCCGACGACGACGACGAGGAGGAGGCGCCGCCGCCGCCGAAGAAGCGCCGGUCAUUGUCGCCUGAGCCGACGCUCACGGCCGUCGAGGCAAUCCCGGCGCCCGCGGAGGAAACCGAGCAGCCACCCGUGCCCGAGGAAAGCGUCGCGGAACCCCCGACGCACACGCCCGUCGAGGCGUUGCCGCGGCCUGCACCUCCGACCGGGCCUCCACCGGGCCUCGCGCUCGACGACUUCGCGGCCUCCGAGCGCACGGCCGUCGAGACGCCCGUCGAGCCGAUGGAACCGCGCCGCUCCGUUGAGGGCGCGGCUCUCGCGCUGGCCGACGCCGAGUCGGCGGCCCUGGAGGCGCCGGCGCAGCGCUCGCCACAGCGCUCGCCGGCCCGCGCGCCGCGUUCGUCGGUCGCCGGCGCGCCGCUGGCCCUCGGCGACGUCGACCACGCGGCGACCUACUCGUCGGACGACGAGGCGCGGCCGGCGCCGACAGAGGAGCCCACCUACGCCGACGACGACGCCGCCUUCGGCGCGGUGAUGGACGCCUUCGCCGAGGCCGCGACGAAAGCGGAGGCGGAUCGGCAAGCGGCGGCAGACGCCGAAGCGGCACGGGCGGCGCAAGCGGCCGCGGCCGAGGAACAGGCCCGCGCCGCGCGCGCCGCGGCUGAUGCGCGUGCCGCAGAGGCGGCGGCCGCCGCCGCCCUCGCGGCCGCCGCAGAAGCCGGUGAAAAGGCGCGGGCGGAGGCCAAAGCGCGCGCGGCGGAGGUCGCCGCGGCCGCGGCGCGCGCGCGGGCGGCGGCUGAGGCAGAGGCCGCGCGUGAGAGCGAGUUGAGACGAGCCGAGGCCGAGCGCGAGCGCAUCGCCGCCGAACGACGCACCGCCGCCGUCGCGGCGGAGGCGGAGGCAGCUGCGGCCGCGGCGAACGCUGCGACACCUGCCGCAGAGGUCCGAUCUUCAACGGCGCUCCCGCCAUCCGAGUACGCUGCGACAAGCGAGGAGGUGCCGGCCGCUCAGGCCUCCACCGCGACAAGCGAGGAGGCCGCCCGAUCUUCAACGGCGCUCCCCCAGAGCGAGUACGCCGCGACGGCGCCGGCGGCCCAGAAUAGCGCGGCUGAGACCGCGCGCGCGCCGGUCGCGGAGGUUGCCGGCGCGGCCGUCGGCCAGCUCGCGGGCGCCGCGGCGGGCGCGGUCGGCGGCCCGGCCGGUUCAGCGGUUGGAGGUGCUGUCGGCGGCGCCGUGGGCCAGGCCGUCGGCGCCGUGGUCGACGCGGCAGCCAGCGAGAAGAAGCCGGUCGUCGUCGCGUCCCACCGCGUGCGCCGGCGGCGGGGCAAGGAGGUGCGCGUGUCCGCGGCGCUGCAGCAGAAGCGCAUCGACGAGCUCGAAGCCAAGGUCGCGGAGGCCCUGAAGCUCGCCGCGGCGGCGCAGAAAGCGCUCGACGAGGCGGAAACGCGGCGCGAACAGGCCGAGGCGCGGGCCGAGCGCGCCGCGGCCGCCGUUCCUCCUCCUACGGAGAUGAGGCAGCGCCGCGUCGACGACGAUCAUGAUGAUAACGACGAGGAGGCGCCCCUGCAACGGGAGGAACGGAAACGGAAGAGACGAAAACGACGGCCGCGCUGCGGCGCGCGGAAUUGGCGGCGGUGCCUCAACUGCUGUUUGUGUCGAGGCGGCGCCCGCGUUAGCCCAGGUGGCGCGUUCGAGUGGAUGUUAGAUGACGCGCAGCGAAACGCGGCGCUCCGGGCCGCCAAAAUCAGAGCCGCGAAACUGAAAUAUCUGGAACCUCCCAACAUCUGCGACGUGCCCUUCGCGCGGCGCUUAGACCGGUCCUUGCAAGCACGAUUGGCGUUGUUGUUGUGGAUCCACGGCCUGGGCGCCGCGAUCCAGUUAUGCGUGGGCGUCGGCGCGAUGACCAUUAGAUUAGGGUGGACGCCGGAGUUCGGCGGCGCCCUGGGGCCGCCCUUCCCGCUCCCGACCUUGGCUCUCAUCAAGGCCGGCACGUGUUUAGUAGUGUUCGCCAUCCUGUUCCGCAAGACGCGGAUCCCGCCCUGUUUGGCUGCGUUAGGAUGUGCUCCGGUGCCCCCAAAACCUGCCGGCGGCGCGCGGCCCCAGCCGUUCCGGGCCCUCACGUCGCGCCUGCUCAAGCAGUUCCUCUUCGCCAAAUUAUUAGAUGCCCUCGCGGGCUACUUGUUGUUUUGGGGCUGCGUCGCGUCGUUCAACCGAAGGCGGAACACGCGACGUAUUGUGGACGCCUUCCUGGGUCUGUGCCUGACGGGUUUGACGGUCGUCGACGUCUACGGGGCCCUCGUCUGUGCGGGGACCACGGUCUACUACGUCUACUAUUUAUACAGGACGCCGGGUGUGGAUUACGACACGGACGAGUCGGGCAGCGAGUCGUCCUCCGAUUCUUCCGAUGGAGAAGGCCACGAAUUACUGAGGAGGCGGGGCCGCGACGCGAGACGGGAGGAGGCCCUCGAAGCGUUCGCGCAGGCGACGCCGCGCGAGAUUCGACAGGCCGCUGCUGUCGCUAGGGGAGGUGCUGUUCCUAGCUCGCUGGCCUGGGCCGAUCCCCGCUUCGCCCUGCAAACGGCGCGCGUCUCGCAGACGGAGCGCGCACGACGUCCCCGGCGGCCGGAGCGGGCGCGUCCCCAGACUUCAAGAGAAGACGGCUGGACCCCGACGGCGCCGGACCCGCGCUUACUGGAACUCAUGGCCAAGCGCAACGCGGAUAUUGUCUAAGUUG